AUGUCGGCGGGCUGGACCAAUUUCUCCGUGAGCAAUGGAAGCCACACCGGCGAGGAUGAUGGCCCGUCGGUCGUCGGCGAAGAUCAGCCUGCCUGUGCCUCAUGCAAGAAGCGCAAGCUGCGGUGCUCGAGAGAGAUCCCCGUCUGCUCGCAUUGUCUGAGGUUGUCGACAGAGUGCGUGUACAAUCCAAAGCAGAAGCCAGGGUUAAAACCUGGAGCAGUGGAGGCUUUGACGCGUCGCGUCGCUUUCUUGGAGCAGAUCUUGCUCGAUGAGGGUGGCAAUGUACGACCACAGUACAAGGACGAACCAGAGCAACAUAGCAAUGGUGACUUCCCUUCCAACGGGUCACGUGUUGUCGGGCAAGUCGCGACUUCGACAGUUCAUGGCAGCCAAGCUGUGCCGUCUAUCAACCAAGAACAGCCGCCCGUUACUGCCUCCACAAAUGAUUCGGCAACCUCAGCCAACCCUUUGAAGCGCAAACACGAAGAACCAGGAGUUGAGCGAUGGUACUUCGCUACUGAAGAACUCGAUCUUGCUCAGCACCUGCCAUCCCAGGGUGUGCUUCUGAAAGUCGUUGACUUUUUUAAAACCUCAUUCCAUCACUGGAUACCGUACCUGCAUAAGCAAAGGCUGCACAAGAAAGUCAGCGAAGGCGUCUGCAGCAAUGGCUUGUUGCUUGUUCUUCAUGCACUGGUCGCGGUUGCGCUGCGUCACAUGGACACCAAUGUCCUCUUCAUGGAUCACGACCAGAUUCAACGGCAAUCUAGCGUUUCUCGGAUCAUUGUGGAGACUCACGCGAUUAGAUCAGUGUCCAUUGAAAGCCUUCAGGCGCUGAUUUUCGUCGUGUUCGACUACCUCAAUGAUGGCAAGAACCACCGCGCAUGGCCGCUGAUUGGUAGCCUGACAAGGACGAUCGGGUACCUCCAGCUUACAUCCGAACCCUCGUCUGCGUCACAAUCGAGUCUACUUAUGAGACCUGUUCGGCUCGUACAGCCUUCCAAUGACUGGACAGAGCUGGAAGAGCGCAGGAGACUGUUCUGGAUUAUCUUUAUGCUCGACCGGUUCUGUUCUGUCACUACUGGCUGGGACACAAGCUUGACCUCUGAUGAUGUCCAUCGACGGUUGCCAGCAGACGGUGGAUACUUCACGCGCGAGGAGCCCGUCACUACACCGUUCUUUGGUAUCUGGAAUAAAGCUGUCGCGAGAAUUGGCCGCUCUUUGGCCAACGUCCCGGCACCUUACAGUGAGGAGGAUCCCACUACCGAGCAACCACAAGGAGCUAGUCCCAACUCAGCCAAUGGCUUCAUUGAUGCAUCGAAACUCGGCGCUUUUGCUUACUGUGUGGAGGCCACCGAGUCACUGAGUCAAGUUACGACGUUCUUCUUGCAACAGCGAAUAAACGCCCAGGAUAAGGAGCACGCAGUCAGCUGGCUCACUCGAUUCAAGGAACUCGAUUUGAGGCUUGUACACUGGAAAUUGUUCUUACCCCAACGCUGGAAGGAUUCAAAUAUAUCUGAAGACAGGACGGUCGUUGACAUGGAUCCAAACCUGACCCUUGCACACAUCACCCACAAUACCUCGAUGAUCUUGCUGCAUCAUCCCAUUGCGUUCCCAGCACAGAGUUGGAACGAUUACGUCGCACUGCCGAAGGAAUGUAGCGCUCAGACAUGUGAAUUGGCUGCGAUCGAAACAUCGAACAUCGUUAGCAAAUUUCUUACAUACACGCCGAUUCCGUUCGUCAAUGUGCAGUUCGCUUUUUGCGCUUUCGUGGCUGCGAAGGCUCUUCUGUUCGAACACCGAGGGCCUCCACUGUCGGAAUUCGGGAGGCUUCUCAGAGAUCUCUGGGAGAUGUCAAAGCGAUGGGAGCAUAGCGCAGGUCAAGAUGGAGACUCACGGCCUCUGAAUCAAGCAGGCAUAUAUGCUCAGCAUCUUGAGCGCCUGCAGGAAGCAUGUUCCCAGGAUCCACAGUAUCGGUUCGACUUCUACGACCACACUUGUCAGUCACUCGAGUCACAGCAAUAUGUCAGCCCCAUGAACGUCAUGACCCCGUUGCAACGUACUGGUAGCUUUGCGCAAGACCGACCUACGUUAGGCCCUGUGCGUCAACAAAGUCUGGGCAGUGUGCAUACUGCUCUUAGCCCACGAAGGAAGACUUCGUACAACACCAUCACUGCCACUGGAACACCUCCCAUCGAGUACGCACAGCAGCAACCAGCAAGACCUUCAAGCAUCGAUGCAUUGUCCCCUAAUGGCCUCGCCAGCGUAGCAGCGACGUUGCAUCCAAAUGCGGCACAACCCAGCGGCCGCAAUGUUUACCAGCUGGGGCACGGUGUACCCUCAAGCGCACACUACAAUGGCAUGCCGGGUCCGUCAAACAAUCAGCGAGCUAUACAAGACCAGUCUCUGUUGAAUCUUUCUGAUACUUUUAUGGACGCUCAGUUCUUGGACAUGGACCGUGUCAUCACUUUCGAAGAGGCAAACUUUUUAUUACCUGGAGAUGCCUACAGAUGGUGA